AUUGAUACCACACCAUUAAAACCUUCGAUCCAGUCUGUGAUGCACAAAAUUGCUGGCCCUGAGAAACUACCCCACCACAAACUUUCCCACUACGUCACACUACAUCGAUAGCUCAUGCCCCGCGAUUCCAAUACAUACCGUGUAAAAAGCAAUCCACGUCGCCAAAAGGCAACAAAAGCAAGCGUCGUCAAGUGCAUCGCAUGUAAACACACACUGCGCCAAAUCUCGAAAAGCAACACCACGCAUGCGGUAUCACUUCCGCUUCCAGCUCCUCAUCCAUUCCACAGAUCCCCGCGCGGUGACACAUCGCGGGACUUUCUGGGCCGCAAGCGAGCCACGGCACAGCAGCCACACACACGUAUAAAAUUCGGAUGCGCGCCGCAGCAUGGAGCACGGCGAGACGCGUUGGCUGGGCCGGGUGUUGACGGGAUCCAGGCCCCGGAGAUUCUUCGGAGAGGCGAUCGGGCGAUCACGGCCGAGGAGUGCUGUUUAUCUGAUCUGUGGGGGACGAAGGCUCCGCUCGUGGGAUGGAUGAUUGUUCCUUUGACAGUGGGAUUGUCUUACGGCGGGAACAAAAUACACGUGCGAUAUCGGAACAAUGUCGUACUGGCGCUGUCUUUACCUUUGAUAUUUGUCGCUGAUAAUACCUAUUCAUCAAUGUUUAGGUUGUUCAAACAUUGCAAUACAGGUCCAACAACAUUGUCGACUUCCAUGUCACUCUGGCUUGCACACUCUCCGCCAGCAUGAGAUUUUAUGUGGAAUUCCCAGCACAGUCGCACACACAGCACUGGCGACGUCCAUGAAACCUAUUUGUGCUGCAAGAGUAUUAGGCGAAGGACUCAGAAAGGUGAGACAGAAAGGCUAGUCUUUUCAAAUGCGGCGAUCUACGAAAUGAAGUAUGUCUUUGACAAUGUCCCUGAACGUGCGAUCUGCUGUAGUUGAAGACAU